AUGCUCGUCAACAACACGUCGGUGCUGUCUGAAAGAGAGAAACGCUACAGUGACGUGCUCACGGCGUAUGAAUACAACACCUACUUCCGGCAAACGUUCAGCACUGCCUGGCUGUUCAUCACCGGAAGUGGCAUCAUUCUGAACAGCGUGAGCAUCCAAGCGUUCUUUACCAUGGGUCUGAAGGACUCCGUGACCACCUCCAUGUUCUAUCAGUCCGUCGCAGACUUGGGCUUUGUGCUAGCCGCCUUCAUCCAAGCUUUAGCGUUUGUCGUAAGAAUUUUUGAUGUGAGGGACACAACAAUUCUGACCCUUGACCCGUUCCUUAUUCUAGCAUAUUUCGCUAACAUAAGGCAGAUCUUUUACAGCGUCGCCAUCCUAACAACCACUUUCAUAGCCGUGGCCAGAUGUAUGUGUGUUUACAUGCCUCUGAAAUUCAAAGGUAUGUUUACAAUCAAACGCACGGUAGCUACACUGUCAGGUUUUACGAUAUUCGCUUUCCUGAACCACUUCCCAACCGUACUGACCUUGCAAGUUGUUUCGAAAGGGCAGAACGUUACGAGAAUCGGCGUCAAAUUCAGCAAAGCAUACAGGCUGGCUACAGAUAUUGAGCUUCUGACCAGCGAUGGGAUUCUGUCAUCAGCCACAGAAGUCAUCGGAGUUAUUUGCUUCACUGUGUUGGUCAGAUGUCUUCAGAACUCCUCCAAACAGCGGAGGGUAAUGAGAGCGCCAUUUUCUCCUGGUGAUCACGUGAUACCAAACGGUGACUCAACAGCGACAAAAGCCAUUUCCCUGAGCGGGAAAGAACUACAGGUUGUGAGGCAGGUGGCGCUUCUGUGUGCUAUUUAUAUCUUUUGCAACAUUCCAAACGUCGGGGUCGCAGUGUCCAGAUUGAUCAUACCUGGGUUUCACCUGGGAGGGGGCCUCAACUUCCUCUACUCCAUGGUCGUCAGUCUGCGAGUUUUGUUCGACUGUCUCAACAGUUCCGUUAACUUCUUCGUCUACUAUAAGUACAACUCUAAGUUCCGAGGUGCGCUUUGCGGUGAAGGGAAGGGAAAAGCUGAAACACGUAAAACAGUAAUCUCCCACGGCACCCAGUGUAAGGGAGGGGGGAAGGGGGUGGUGUAA